AUGCGCGCUCCGCCUCGAGGUCGAGAUCUAGGCCACCACGUCAUCCCAGCCACAGGAGAAGUCUCAGUCGAGGACGGAGUGCGUCGCCAGCUCGAGGGGAUCGAGAUAGGCGGAAUGGCCACCGCGGUAGUCGGCGCAGCGAAUCUCGGUCAAGGUCGCGCAGCCCAUAUUCGUCCCGCAGCCGCAGCCGCAGCCCCGUCAGAGACCGUCGACAGCGUGGGAGGAGCUAUACCAGAAGUCCUACUCCGCCGCCGAGGAGGAGUGCAAAGAUUGUCGUCGAGAAGCUGA